GAGAAACUCUGCGUAGCGUGGAUAAAUAAACGUUGAUCGGCUCGGACGUAUACUCUCGCCCGACACCGAUAUAUAACAUUUUCGUGCUUGUCGCGGACCGUCUCUUUACGUGGGUGGUGGAUGUGUGUUGUUUUUCUCCGUCUCGUUUGCGGAGAAAAGUGUUUACAGUGUGCUCGCGCCAUACCGGAUCUCUCUCGACGAGGCGGCGACUUUCGAUCCGAGGCGAGAGACGAGGGAUCGUCGUCGUCGUCGGCGUGACGGAGGUGAUGACUCCGAGACACGGAGUCCAACGGAGUUCCCGACUGGACGCCACGCUUUUCGAAAGGACAGACCGGGCAGAUACCGGCGAGGAAGCGAGAUAAUCAUCGAUAUUACGGGUAGAACGUGCACUGAUCGCGAUUGGGUCAGGCUGCGAAUCUCGAGCGUCGGCGCGCAACGGCUGCGCGUAACUCUCAAUGGGAUCGUUUAGUGCGGUGACCUGCCGGCGGUGCCGAUCUUUCAGCACAGUCGACUGAUAACUCGCGCGCGCAAGCGCGCGCGCGAGUGCAACCGUGCGUCUUUCUCUGUCCGGCUUGUUUCGUGCGACACGCCCACAGAGUCUCUCCCGUGUGCGCGGUUACGUAGGGUCAACGAGGCCCGACGCCGACAAACACGCCUCGGGCAACGUCGAGAGAAGAUGCGGGACGUCUUCGAGCGGUCGUCGUCGAGUUUGUCGCCGCAUUAACGCUCGAGUUCUCCGUUCGUACGUACAUAACGAAACGACGGUGAGAAGAGAGAUGCGAGCGAAACCGAGCCGCGACGCUCUUCUCAUCCCUACGAUCUGAGAGAGAAUUCGCGAGCGACGAAAGCGCGUUGAUACUUGACUUUUCUUCUCCGACCGGGAGACAGAGAUCCGAGAUUUCGCGUUCUUCCGGGAAGAUGAAGUCUCCGGCCGCGUGUCACAGAAUCCGCGGCGGGGCAUUCGACGAAUCGUGCACCUCGACCGCGUACACAUCCUCCUCCUUUUCUUCUUCUUCUUCUUCUUCUUCGGAAGCACGUCUCGUCACCCGCUGCCACUGCCAUUGCCCGUCGUCAUCGUCUACUUGCGGCGUAUUCGAGGAUGCGUCGAACGGUGCAUCGUCGACCACCCAGCGGUUGUCGGGGUCGACGUCGACGUCGACGACGGGGUGCGAUCUUUGCGAGCGUCUUCGCGGCCGAACGGACGGCUGCUCCGCGAUGGUGGACGCGAUACGAACAGAGGAGCACUUUGGCCAGCGCGAUUGGCGAAAACGCGACGAGAGUGCGAACUCGAGAGCAAGAGUUGUUGAAAAGCGCAACAGAACACUGAGCUGCGACAGACUCCCGAGAUGUGCUUCGAGCGUUGUGCGAUGGAACCACCUUGCCGCCAAAUUCAGAGGCGAGUCCACGGACUGGCGGAGGCUCCUCCGGAUCGUUUUUCUGCUUUUUCUCGCGUUAUCUCCCGAUCUGGCAGCGGCACAGAGUCAGGACACCGUCGUUGCUCCCCGCAAAGUGUGCCAAAGUAUAGACAUAAGAAAUAACGUGAAUCAAUUCUCGAAAUUGGAAGGCUGCCGGGUGGUCGAGGGCUUCGUACAAAUUCUCUUGAUCGACCGAGCGGAUUCGUCGUCCUAUACCAAUCUCACCUUCCAUCUGGUCGAGAUCACAGGAUACCUUAUUUUAUACAGAGUAAGCGGAUUGAGAAGCGUCGGCCGCCUGUUCCCCAACCUUGCGGUCAUUCGCGGCCAUUCUCUCUUCAUUAACUAUGCCCUCGUGGCAUUCGAGAUGAAUAACCUUCAGGAGAUCGAUCUUCAUUCGCUGACCAACAUCCAACGCGGAUCCGUGCGAUUCGAGAAGAAUCCGACGCUCUGCUACGUCGAUACCAUCGACUGGGACAUCAUCGCCAAAGCUGGCAAAGGGGAACACGUCAUAUCGGGUAACAAGAUAACGAACGGUUGUCCGGUGUGCGACAAGGGUUGCCCGCCGAGGCAGACGAAACACGACGAGACUCUGUGCUGGAAUCGACAACACUGCCAACGAGUAUGCGACGAAAAGUGCGGGGACAACGCUUGCGAUAUCGAGACAGGAGAGUGUUGUCAUCCUUCCUGUCUGGGUGGAUGCACGGGACCGACGGUCGACAACUGCACCGUCUGCAAGAACGUGAUAAUCGCCGACAGAUGCGAGAACCGUUGUCCUCCCGGCAAGUACGAAUUCAUGAAUCGACGUUGCAUCACCGAACAGGAGUGCCGGAAUAUGCCGAAACCACGCGAAGCUUUCGACAUCGUCAAGCCGUAUCCGUACAAGCCGUUCAACGGCACCUGCGUGAUCGAAUGUCCGGCCGGUUUCAUGGAGAGCGACGAGAAAGGCGAGAGGCAUCUGUCCUGCCGAAAGUGCAAGGGUCCGUGCUUGAAGGAGUGCUCCGGCGCAAACGUGGAUAGCAUCGCGGCGGCACAAAAGUUACGCGGAUGCACGCAUAUCGCGGGCAGCCUCGAGAUACAAAUACGUGGCGGCAAGAACAUCGUGAAGGAGCUCGAGGACAAUCUGAGCACGAUCGAGGAGAUAGACGGUUAUCUGAAGGUCAUACGUAGCUUCCCACUGAUAUCCCUCAACUUUCUGAAGAAUCUGCGGAUGAUACGCGGCAAUACGCUCGAGAACAACAAGUAUAGCCUCGCGGUGCUCGACAAUCAGAAUCUUCAGGAGCUCUGGGACUGGAGUACGCAUAAGAACAUUACCAUCUUGUCCUCGAUAGGCCCUGCAAAGGUCUUCUUUCAUUUUAAUCCGAAAUUGUGCAUGUAUAAAAUCGACAUGUUGCGAGAAAAGGCGAAAUUGGACAAUUUCACCGAGCACGACGUGGCGAUCAACAGCAAUGGAGACAAGGUCGCGUGCAACGUCACUCAACUGCAAACCCGGGUCUCCAAGAAGACAUCUAGGGGUGCUAUUAUUGAGUGGGAAUAUUUUGUGCAUCACGAUUACCGGUCCCUCUUGGGUUACGUUGUUUACUUCAUCGAAGCGCCAUAUAAAAACGUGACGAUGUACGAUGGUCGCGAUGCUUGCGGCGGCGAUGGUUGGCGGGUUGAGGACGUCUCCCCCGAAAGCGCAGCACCACAGUUCGUUAACGACACGAAGCAACCGCCGUAUAUGGCUCACAUACUCACCCUACUGAAACCGUAUACUCAAUACGCUUACUACGUAAAGACUUACACCAUAGCUACGGAAGAAUCGGGCGGCCAAACCGAAGUUACGUACUUUACGACAAUGCCAGACGCGCCUAGUUCACCUAGGGUUCUGUCGAUCUGGAGUAAUUCCAGCAGCGAGCUGGUUAUGACCUGGUUUCCGCCGCUUUACGAAAAUGGAAAUCUCACGUAUUAUCGAAUCGUUGGCCGCUGGGAGCCCGAUGACACGAAUUUCAUCGAUCAGAGAAACUACUGUGACGAACCUAUGUCAUUGCCCGAGAAGAAACCGAUGUCCGUCGUAGCGGAGGAAGAAAGGAAACGUGCCGAAGAAGAGAAGGAAUUGGUGAAAUCACCCGAGACUACUUCGUGCAGCUGCGCAGAUCGAGAAACGACGGAUCAAUCGAUGCGUGAAAAGGAAGUUUCUAGUUCGAUCGCCUUCGAGAACGCAUUGCACAAUCAGGUCUAUAUAAAACGGAUGAACACGCGUAGAAGACGCGACGUAAAUAGCGAAAUGUUGUUAACGGCGGAACUAAACUCAACUAAAGAUGCUAAAGAGGAGAGUAACGAUCAACAGGAUAAGGCUAAUACUAACGAUAAAAAUAAGGAUAAAAUGGAAAAUGGCACGUUCAUAGUAUUCGAGCGACUGAUAUCGAGUACGAAUCUUAGUUUCGUGAUGAAGAACCUGCGGCACUUUGCGGCGUACAAUAUCGAGGUUCAAGCUUGCAGAGAACGAGUUGUAAAUGAGACUGAAUUGAAGAGUAAUAAUUGCUCAACAAAAAGCAUGAAAACGUACCGUACAUUGGCUAUGGAGAGCGCGGAUAAUAUUCCACCAAACACUUUUAAACUGAGUGUUUCUGGCGAGAAUAACAGUCUUACUGUGGUUUCAUUGUACUGGGACGAACCGCCUCAACCCAAUGGCCUAAUCGUCACGUAUCAGAUUGAAUACAAAAGAGUAGAUAUAAAAAAUAUAAAAACAACAGUGGUGUGUAUCACAAGACGCGAUUUCACCAACGCGGGUAAUUCGUAUAUCUUGAAAGAUCUUCCUGCUGGAAAUUACUCUGUGAAAGUUCGGGCUACUAGUUUAGCUGGAUACGGCGCGUACACUGAAAUAAAAUAUUUUUAUAUAGAAGAACACGGCAUGAUGAAUACAUUCUGGAUUUUCUUCUGGUCGAUAUCGAGCUUUGGUGGAAUAUUGAGUUUUCUGACGUUAUUUUACAUAUUUAAAAGAAGAUCGAUGCGGAAUGUGCCUAGUAUGAAACUAAUUGCGACGGUGAAUCCAGAAUACGUGAGCACUACUUACGUACCAGACGAGUGGGAAGUGCCCCGAAAAAAGAUACAGUUAUUACGUGAAUUAGGAAACGGCUCUUUCGGCAUGGUAUACGAGGGAUUGGCCAAAGAUGUCGUCAAAGGUAAACCGGAAGUACGGUGCGCCGUGAAAACUGUAAACGAAAACGCAACAGACCGUGAACGGAUAGAGUUCCUUAACGAAGCGUCCGUCAUGAAAGCUUUCAACACCCAUCAUGUGGUCAGAUUGUUGGGUGUAGUGUCACAAGGCCAGCCUACAUUGGUAGUUAUGGAACUGAUGGUGAACGGUGAUCUAAAGACAUAUUUAAGGAGUCACCGACCGGAUGUUUGCGAAAACUCUAAACAACCACCGACAUUGAGAGAUAUAUUGCAAAUGGCAGUCGAAAUUGCCGACGGCAUGUCUUAUCUCUCAGCGAAGAAAUUUGUUCACAGAGAUCUGGCUGCUCGUAAUUGCAUGGUAGCCGAAGAUCUUACUGUGAAGAUCGGUGACUUUGGCAUGACGAGGGAUAUUUAUGAAACUGAUUACUAUAGAAAAGGAUCCAAGGGACUCUUGCCUGUUAGAUGGAUGGCGCCAGAAAGUUUAAAAGACGGUGUAUUCACCAGUUUUUCCGACGUUUGGAGCUACGGAGUUGUUCUAUGGGAAAUGGUGACGUUAGCUUCGCAGCCGUAUCAAGGUUUAUCAAAUGAUCAGGUGCUGCGUUAUGUAAUUGAAGGAGGGGUUAUGGAACGACCGGAAAAUUGUCCCGAUUCAUUGUACAGUUUGAUGAGACGUACCUGGAAUCAUAAAGCCACGAGAAGACCUACCUUCAUAGACAUCGAGACGUUAUUAUUGCAAGAAGUUAUUAUGGAAUGCUUUGAGAAUGUUAGCUUUUAUCACAGCCUGGAAGGGAUUGAAGCUCGAAAUCAAAAUAGUUCACAUUCACCGCAAAAUGAAGAUUUAGAAAUGAUUGCUUUACAAGACUUGCGGGAGGAAGAAAUCGAGGGGGAAGAAAAUUCGCCACUGCGUCAAGAUUUUGAUGACUUUGCAAGUUUCGAACCUUGCAGUAUUAAAAAUAACCUGAGUCCACGAUUCGUAGCGGAUUCGUAUGGUAAAACCUCCACUUCCAAUUUCCAUGACAUGAACUCUUCAAAAGUACCUAAAGCUGGAUUCGACGAAUUUGUCGGCGUCUCCGGAGAUUCGCUCGUAUCUAGCAAGGAUACGUUGAAUUCGCCUUUCGUGGAAGGCAGCCUUAAAUCAAUCAGGAGCUCACCUUUUAUAUAUAAGAAAAGUACAUCCCGCAGUAACGUAAGUCAAGGUUCCCUAGCAAAGUCUGGGAGUCCGCAAAGUUUAGUCAAGCGAAAUUUUCUCGAUAGUCCGAACCCAUCUCGGGGCGAUCCCGAUUACGAAAAUCGGAGUCCCGAAAGCGUGUCGGCUUUCGAAAAUAGAGAGAUUACUCCGUUGCACGUAGAAUUUCCAUCUGUGGACGCUAUGGACAUUCAGAUUAACGGUGACAAGAAAGAGAGCAGGCGCACGACGAAUGAUUAUGCAAACAAAUCGGAAAUGUUAAAUAACGGUUACAUCGGUAACACGGCCACGUAGCUUCACAGAUAUUUUCGACGUUGUCAGCAUCCGACGCGAAACAAAUCACAUAUGACAAAAACGCAAAAUUAUAUUCUUGGAACGAAUCGACAUGAGUAUUCCAACAAAAAGGCAGUGUCUGUGCCAAAUUUAUGAGCCGAAUCGUAAUUUUGAAAGAUGAAUAGCAUUGAACAGCGUUUUAUAUACACGAAAAAAGAUGCUAGUGUGUUCUAGACUAACGGAAGUUAUAAGUCUAUAUUUUAAACGUCUAGAUGUAACUAAGAAUACAGGUCUUAAAUGCAGACGAGUGAAGUUUCCUUAUACGGGUGUUACCAUGUCUUAAUUCCGUCUCUCUAACUGUAAUUAAUUAUCGCUACGCGUGUACAGCUAAUUAUAUAAUAUACAUAUAUAUAUUUGUUACGCUGCAAUGCAUGUUGGAAAUGAGCAGCGAAUAUAUUUAUACCAGAUACUGUCUUUUUGAAGUUAUCGCUGUAGUGUAUGUUAAUACGAAAAGAUUUAGCUUAUUAAAGACGCCGUUAUUGUGAAGUUACAAACAGUUGCAACAGGUUUAAAAGCCAGAAACCGUCUCUUCUUGAUAUUGGGUCCUACACUAUUGAGAAACAUGCAGAUAUAUUCAGUUGGCAACACGAUAUCUGCUAACAAGCAUGUAACAGCCUCUUUCUCUCUCUUCCCUUUUUCUCUAUCUCUCUCUGUUCAUUAAUUAUCUAGCAUGUAAGUGUAUAUCGAAGAAUUAAGCAGAUCGAUUAUUUGUACUAUAGAUUUUCUAUUUAAUUUUCAAAGUCGUAAAUUUCCUAGUUUCCACUGUAACUAACUAUAUAUUUGUACAGCACAUCGGUUUAUUUUUUAAAAUUUAUAGGAAAUAUAAACCAAAAUGGUAAUCGGUAUAACCAAAAUGGUUAUAUCGACUACCGCGUUGAUAUGACAUUUUGUUCGCAGCAAAGAGAUCAUAUUUUAUAAAUUUUGUGAAUUAGACCCAAUCGCCACGAUUUUAGGCUUCAAAUAUGUAACACUAAUUCCAUAUUUGUUGAAAAGUAUAUAUGUAGAAAAAGUGAGAGAUUCAGAAUAAGAGUGUAUCGACUUGGCAAACAUAUAUUAUCGCGUUUCUCUAAUUUAAAUUUCUAUUAUAUUUAUAUUUUCUAUAUAUGUUAUUUUAAUGUUUUUGACUUUUUAUAUCAGUUGAGAUCUAAAAGUUCUGAAUCCAUCAUUUCUCUAAUGUGUACAAUAGAAGAAUUAGAGAGUAAGGAUCUAAGUUGAAAGUUGCUUUCAAUAGCAAAUGUUUGAUUGAUUUUGCGAUAUAGUUUGCAAAGAGUCCCUAUUAUAACUAUUUUAAUCUUUUACAAUUAUGGCAAAAUCUUAAACGAAAACAAUUACAGCGUUUAAGUCCUUUGUAUAUUAGAUAUUGAUAUUACAUUUUAGUUUUUUUUAGCCAUCACGAUGAAAUGUUAUAUGCUAACGAUAUCGAUGUUAAUUUCGAGUGCCCUACUCUCGUUUCUCGUUUCUGUAUAUCUAAAAAAUCUGGCGAAUGUAAAGAUUCAAAGAAGCUCAAAGAAAACACUGCACUGUACGUUUAAACAAUUUCAGAAUCGAUCAAGAUUGUACAUACUUGACAAUGCAAAAGAAACUUAUCCGCCUCGAUGGAAUCGUUAUCGAAUUGAAAUAAUUUUAAUAGCGAGAGAGAGAGAGAGAGAGAGCAAUAAGUAACUUUGUCGAAAUAUCUUUUGUAUGGUCAAUGUGUUUCACUUUCUGAAAUUUUUCCGACGUAUUCUAUAAAUGUGGCAUAGUGUAACUAUGUGUCGAUGUACACAUAACAUGUUAAACGUACUAUUUCGUGGAGCUGGCACAUGAAAUUCUCCGCAUUGCCUUCGUAAUAUCUUCCAAGAAGUGCAUAUCUCACCAAUAUAUAGAUAUCGCUUUUCGAUAUUCCAUAUAAAAAGCUUCAUCGUGCAAUUUUAUAGUCAUGAGUCUACCAGAGAGUCCCCCAUAUCUCGUGCAAUAGGAUCGUCCACGCUAUUUAUGUUCCAUAUAAGCAGUCUGCGGUGUCGCCGAUAUACAAACAUACCGCCGUUAAUCCGUCGUUUCUGCGUCGCUCCACGAAAUAAAUUACGAAAUUCCGAAAUGUACACCACAUAUUUUUCGAUUAGAGACGAGAGAGACGUAGACUGUCCUAGUGAGCCCAGUGAGAAACAAGAUUGAUGACGGAUCGAGAAGAUUGAACCCGUGUAAUCAUAAUUGCAAUCGCAAGAUAAAUAAUAGCGGACGAAUCCUAACAUGAAUGAGCUAAGAAGGAAGAAUUAUUAUACAAGCAACGCAACGCAAUGCAGUUGAGUCUAUAGACAUAACGAGCCUGUAAUACAAGACUGAUUAGCUAAUCCCACUAUUACAUCCGUAAUCUCUCUCAGUAAGUUAAAGGUACAAGACAAAAUGGUAGAAGUUCCAUGUCGUUCCAUAUCCCCAAACAUCUUCCUUUUUGUUGCUUUGUUUCAUUUAUCCUCUUGUUUUUUAUCCGCUUGAAGGCGUAUUAUUAAAAUUUACUUCGAGAUUUAUUAAUGAUUAAUGCGAUCCGUGAUUGUUUCGUUCCUAACAUCGCGUGUUUAGUGCAUUCUUGUGUCGCUUUGGUUCGGCGGCUUAUCGGAGCGUGUGUAUAACAAAAGUAUACGGGGUGUCUCCGAAGCUAUUGCAUCAUUUUUCCUUAUAAAUUCCCAAGGAAUUUGUAGAAACGAUGCGGAUCACAAUCUAAAAGAGGAAUGUUGUAAUUAUUUAAUAUUUUCAAUAUUUAUUCGCGCGUAUCCAAUAUAUCUCGAAUCCAAAACAGAUGUAGAAAAAGAAAAUAAGACGGGCAAGCUUUUAACAUUUAUAUUUAUAUUAUUUAAUUUUAUUAUUUAAAUGUCAUUUUCUCUGAAGCUUCCAUGAAAAUAAUAAAAAAAACAGUACAAAUUUAUGAAAUUUCAAAGACAUAUUGCAUUAGUUUCGAGAUACACUGUAUAUCAAUGUCUAAUGUAACUCUAAAGUACCAGUGAUGUAAAAUAAAAAGUACCUAAUACACGCAAUAUUUACGCGCGUAAUAUCACGAUGGCUUACAAAAGUCACGAUAUCGCGCAGAGAUUGUACGGGCCCAAGAUAAUACGAGAAAAAAUGAUGUAACAUAAAAAAAUAUACAUAAAAGCGCAAACCUUGUAGAAUUGCUGUCGUUGAUUAAGUUUCUCGCUCUUUUUGCGGGAGGAGAGUAUUCUCUUCUAGAUUAUCUGCGCCGAAUUGUUCUUUUUCUUAUUAGAAAAAAUCCUGUUUACUAACAAAAGGUGCCAAGGUGAGCGAUUAAUCCUAGUCUUCGAAGAGUGAUUUAGGUGAUUUAAAUUUUAUGGCAAAAAGCUCCAAACUGCAACAUAUUUCUGACCUUAAAUGGACGUUGUCUUAAGCUCUAAUCUCUAAGUCCUAAGCGAGUUGGUCAACUCCCAACUUUUAAAGCUUAGAGUUUGAAGCUUAGGAUCGAUGUAAUUUUUCUCUUAAAUCACUUUAAAUCAUCCUUUGUAGACUAGGACUUAGGUAUUUGUUUAUUGUUAUUGAGGUUUCGAUCAAGUACGUCUCAAUGUUCGAUCAAAUAAUCUAAAAUAUAUAAUUGCCAUCUCGUACCUUGAAGCUUUAAACCACGACAGGUCUUCUUUUUCAUCCUUUCGGCGAUUUCUUUAGAAUAUAGAUGCAAUUGGUUUGUGUCGUUUAGAGAGAGCUGAAACUAUUUUCAAAAGCAAGGUGCUUCACAAAUUGCGCAAACUUUCAGAACGAAAGGCGACAAAAAAAAUACAAGGGGUACACAUAAACGAUAAUUUCUCCCGAAAUUAAGGAACACGAUUAAUGACACAGAUAAGCCGAUCGGCCGAUGUAUCGUAAUAAUAAGCCUCGCUCGUAUUCUGAAGUAUAUUUAGUGUAAUAACAAAAUAAACAAGUUAAUGCUUAAACCACGUACUAAUGUAAGUAACAUAAGAUCAACACGAAAUGUUUCCUAUAUGGCCGCGAGUCUCUGUAUAUUGUACGAAUCGGCGGGCGAUCGCUAAUGUUAGGCCUACUCUAUAUUGAUAGUUCUGUAAUAUAUUAGAGAUAAUCUCUGUGGGAAUUAAUGUAAUACGUAAUCGUGUCUGGAGAUUGUGUGUAACUAAUUAAGUCCAGAGAGAAAAGUGUGCCUGGUGUCGCCGCGUAUAUUGAUCGAUUCGAUGGAUGUGCGAUAUAUUCGAAUAGCAAAGAUUGAAGGGUGUGAUCGUGACAAAAAAAAUUGAUCAAUGUACAUCUGUAUCAACGAUAGAGGGAAUCGAAGAAAAUAUCGAGCAUAGAGAAUAUCUAAUUUUUUUGUGUGUUGCAAAAAUUAAGCGAAGCGUUCCGACCCCAAUCGUGAAUAAUUAAAAGCUUUUUCUCUGCUGAUCUUAAACUGAAGCACUAACUACUCAUCUUAAACAUCGAGACGCAUAGAAAUACAUUCAUCCUGCAAAAAAAUAAAUUUAGCAUAGUCGUAGCUCGAGACGCUAUUAAUUAGUCGAUAUUUGAUGCUUGAUUUUUUUGCACUUUAGCAAAUUUUAUAAAUUUUACGAGAUAUUUUGAGUUUUUACAAUGUCCAGUAUGUUGAUUUUUUUCUUGCGAAUAAAUUUUACUGUCUAUAUCCAUUGAAAACAAAUCUUCCAUACACGGUGAAAAAAAUUGCGAGAUUUCUUCUCCCAUUAUAUUGCGACAAUAACGACUUUAAUUAAAGUUUCGUUGAUGUGCCGCUUCUAUUUAGAACUUCUUUCUUAUCUUGUAUACAUAUACAUUAAAUCUGAUUCUUUGUUCAGUUCCUAUCACGCACAUUUUUAUGUUUACACGUAAUUAACGGAUAAGAUCUCUGAGAUACUAUUGUAUGCUAAUAUAUUAUACAAAGUAUAUUUCGCUGUGCUAUAUUCAGUUCAUUUAUUAUUUUUCAUUUUUUGCAAAACAAUUUACUUGACUACACAAACUGCUCAAUAUUAGAUUGCUCAAGUUCCGUAACGAUCUAACAGUAAGAUAAAAUCAUGUAACAUUGAACAUAUAGGACGAAUAAUUAUGAAACGUACAUUAAUAUUGCAUUGCAUUUGUAAUAAAAAUAUAAGCGAUCACAGAAUCCUUUUUUCGAAUUAACGAUACAUUUUGUACGAUCUUUUGCAUAGCAAUAAAACUUUCAGACUA